GCCAGUACUUUGCCAGUUUGCCAGAGUAUCUGAGUAUCCGUAUCUUGCAGUUUGUUUUGUGCGCGCGUGGUGAACGGUUGUUAGUAUCUCGUACUUUGCUGGCUCAGAUACUUUUCGACGGCCAACGCGUCGAGUUCUGCCGUGGUGUGUGUUAGUGUGCCAGUUAAACAAUGAGAAAUUGAUUCACACACCAAAACAGCUACAAAAAAAACACCUGAAGACUAAAAGUGUUAACCAAAAAAUAAUUACUUGUGCAAUCACAAAGCAACGAAAACAAACUGAAUUUUUUUAAACAUUUUUUUUCGUGUGCAACCGUAAACCAAACCAAAGAAGUUAGAAAGGGAGAGCAAUCAAUUUGCGAGCGGGAUAAACUACUAACUACUACUACUGCAAGAAAAAGCGAUAAAAAAUGGGUGAACUGCGAAAAUCGCUGCCGCUGACUUCAGUCGGCGUCUUUUUGGCGCUGCUCCUCUGCAGCUGCUCUUUAAUAGAACUGUGCCAGGCGCAGUCUCCGAUCCUGGAGAUUUACCCCAAACAAGAGGUCCAGCGCAAGCCAGUGGGCAAGCCCCUCAUCCUCACCUGUCGACCCACAGUUCCCGAACCCAACCUGGUCGCCGAUCUGCAAUGGAAGGAUAACCGAAACAACACCAUUCUGCCCAAGCCGAAUUACGAUCCACUGUAUGAUUCCAAGGGCAAUAGAAAGAAAGAGAAUGGACGCAACCAGCCGCCGAUGUACACGGAAACGCUGCCCGGCGAAAGUUUGGCCCUGAUGAUUACCUCGCUGUCGGUGGAAAUGGGCGGCAAGUACUACUGCACCGCCUCCUAUGCAAAUACCGAGAUCCUCGAGAAGGGCGUCACAAUUAAAACUUACGUGGCCAUCACCUGGACCAAUGCCCCCGAGAAUCAGUAUCCCACUUUGGGCCAGGAUUACGUGGUGAUGUGCGAAGUCAAGGCCGAUCCCAACCCAACCAUCGACUGGCUGCGCAACGGAGAUCCGAUCCGCACCACCAACGAUAAGUAUGUGGUGCAAACCAAUGGCCUGCUCAUCCGCAACGUUCAGGAGAGUGACGAAGGCAUCUACACUUGCCGUGCGGCCGUCAUCGAAACCGGAGAACUUUUGGAGCGCACCAUCCGCGUGGAGGUCUUCAUUCAGCCGGUGAUUGUAUCGCUACCCGAAACCCUGAAUGCCGUCGAGGGCAAACCCUUUGCUGCCAACUGCACGGCUAGGGGCAAACCGGUGCCGGAGAUCAGCUGGAUUCGCGAUGCCACCCAAUUGAACGUGGCCACAGCCGAUCGAUUCCAGGUGAACCCGCAAACGGGUCUGGUCACCAUCAGCUCUGUCAGCCAGGAGGAUUACGGCACCUACACGUGUCUGGCCAAGAACAAGGCCGGUGUUGUUGAUCAGAAGACCAAGCUGAAUGUCCUGGUCCGUCCGCAGAUCUAUGAGCUGUACAAUGUGACGGGGGCCAGGAACAAGGAGAUUGCCAUCACCUGUCGAGCCAAGGGACGUCCGGCACCGGCGAUCACCUUCCGACGAUGGGGAACCAAGCAGGAGUACACGAAUGGCCAGCAGGAUGACGACAAUCGUAUCAAUUUGGAGGUGAACUUCGAUGAGGAACGCGGCGAGAGCACAGGCACACUACGCAUCUCCAAUGCCGAGCGUUCCGACGACGGACUUUAUCAGUGUAUUGCCAAGAAUCAGGAGGAUAAUGCCUACAAGACCGGCCACAUUACCGUUGAAUUUGCACCCGACUUUAGCCACAUGAAGGAACUGCCACCGGUCUUCUCGUGGGAACAGCGCAAGGCGAACCUCAGCUGCCUGGCCAUGGGCAUCCCGAAUGCCACCAUUGAAUGGCACUGGAAUGGACGCAAGGUCAAGGAUCUAUACGAUACCAAUCUGAAGAUUGUGGGCACUGGACCGCGUAGCGAUUUGAUUGUUCAUCCGGUGACAAGGCAGUAUUACUCGGGAUACAAGUGCAUUGCGACCAAUAUCCAUGGAACCGCCGAGCAUGAUAUGCAGCUGAAGGAGGCACAUGUGCCAGAUUUUGUAUCCGAGGCGAAGCCCAGCCAGUUGACCGCCACCACGAUUACCUUUGACAUUCGCGGCCCACCAACCGAGGUGGGUCUGCCCAUCCUGGCGUUCAGUGUGCAGUACAAGGAGGCCCUUAAUCCCGACUGGUCGACCGCCUACAAUCGCAGCUGGUCACCCGAUUCGCCGUACAUUGUCGAGGGACUGCGACCACAGACGGAGUACAGCUUCCGAUUCGCCGCCCGCAAUCAGGUGGGAUUGGGCAAUUGGGGCGUCAAUCAGCAACAGUCGACGCCACGCCGGUCGGCUCCCGAGGAGCCCAAGCCACUGCACAAUCCCGUCCAGCACGACAAGGAGGAGCCGGUGGUCGUCUCGCCCUACUCCGAUCACUUUGAGCUGCGCUGGGGCGUGCCCGCCGACAAUGGAGAGCCCAUCGACAAGUACCAGAUUAAAUACUGUCCGGGCGUUAAGAUCAGCGGCACAUGGACGGAACUGGAGAACUCCUGCAACACCGUCGAAGUGGUGGAGACCACCUCAUUCGAGAUGUCACAGCUGGUGGGCAACACCUAUUAUCGCAUCGAACUGAAGGCGCACAAUGCCAUCGGCUACUCAUCGCCCGCUUCCAUCAUUAUGAAGACGACACGAGGAAUCGAUGUCAUCCAGGUGGCUGAGAGACAGGUCUUCUCCUCGGCGGCCAUCGUGGGUAUCGCACUCGGCGGCGUCCUCCUGCUCCUCUUCGUGGUGGACCUCCUCUGCUGCAUCACCGUCCACAUGGGUGUCAUGGCCACCAUGUGUCGCAAGGCCAAGCGAUCGCCCUCCGAGAUCGACGACGAGGCCAAGCUGGGCAGUGGUCAGCUGGUAAAGGAGCCGCCACCAUCGCCGUUGCCACUGCCGCCGCCCGUCAAACUGGGCGGUUCGCCCAUGACAUCGCCAUUGGACGAAAAGGAGCCGCUACGCACGCCCACUGGCAGCAUUAAACAAAACUCGACCAUCGAGUUCGACGGGCGAUUCGUGCACUCACGCAGUGGUGAGAUAAUCGGCAAGAACUCCGCGGUAUAAGGAGGGUCUCCAGAACUCAAGGAACUCCAGAGUCCAACCGCAAUGUGCACAAAACAAAGUUGAGGGAAAAUACACAUACCCAUAUGUAAACCAUAUGAUAUAUGUAUGAUGAUCUAGCGAGAACAAGCCAAAGCCAAAGCUGGGGGAAGAAAACUUGAAUAUCGAUCGAUUGGCACACUAAGUUGGUUUUAAUUUACUUUCGUACACAGCGUAAAUCUUACUAAAUGUCUUACUAUAAUACAUACGAUAUCUUAAAAGCAUUUAAAACAUAGUACAUUAAGCUCGAAAAACCGGCAAGCAAACAAACAAAAGGAAGAAUCACUCCAUGUCGCUUCAUUUUCUUGUUUGAACAAGUAUUUUAUAUCGCUGCAAUUGCUUUGUUUCUCCUUAGUCAGAUUUAAAAAAAAACACAAUAACUCAAGAAAUUUCAAAUAACGAUGAACAAAAAUGGGAAGAGUAAAGAAAACAAAACGAGAUGAUAAAGAAAGGACCUAGCCUAAGUUAUAUAUAUAUGAACAUAUAUAUGAGUGCAAGAAAGAAAUCUUAAAUUAAUGCCUUACAAACAAAAAAUUACAUUUAUUUAGCAGUUAAAGCAAAGAGAAGGGAUUUAUGCAUGUAAGCCGCAAGGAAUGAGAACGAUUUCUUUAGUAUAACUAACUUAAACAUGCCAUAAAUAAGUUUUAACAUUAAGUUUGCCCCCUGAUCAUCAUCCCCCACCAAUUCGUAGUACUUAAAACGCUGAACAAAAGACUUGCGAGCAUUUCUUUCCACAAAACCAUGACAUUAAAACGGAUAGAUUGAAGGAGGAGCAACAAAAGAAAGGACUUGAAUAUUUAGUUGAUAUCGAAAUCCUUGGUUUCCUAUUGCUAAUUCUUAUACUUAACCACCAGAAAGUGUAAUCCACACACGGCACUUAAUGAAAAAUGCUCAAUGUACAUUAAUGUUGACGAAAUUGAAUAUUUGAAAAUGUUUACAAACUGCUUAGCUUAACUGCUUGCAAAGCGGAAAUGAACGCCCGCAAGACGUUUCCGCAUCCGGUUCAUCCCACACAAGUUCAAAGUCGAUGAGAAUAGUGCGCAAAUCGAAACUAACCCAAGUUAAUUGCUAAGUUUAGAGAAAACGGAGAACUACGAGAUUGCCAAACAUUAACAAUUCAUUUUCUUUCAUCCCACUUCCAUCAAACAAUUGCAAAUCGCUCAGUUUUGUGUUAAAAGUAUUUUCUUAUGUAUGUAAAAAUUAAACAAAUUCUAGUUAAGAGAUCUAAAACGCAUUAAUCUAACGGAUAUAUAAAUCUAAAAAUAUAUAUAUGUAUGUACAUGUAUUUAAAUUAACUCGUAAGUUUUUUUUUCUACACAAAACAAAUAAUACAAAAUAAAUAAAAAAAAAAAAACAAAAACAAAA